GCCUCUUUUGCAACUUUCCCAAGUCUGUGCACAGAAAGCGAGUAGGAAAAUUCAGAGGGAAGUGGCCUCUCACCAAACUCUUAAGUUCUCUAUCCUGGUCUGAAUUAGACUGUUGCUCCAAGAAGAAAAGCCCAGACCCAGAAGAACUUCCACCUUCGGGGUUGAGGCUCUGAAGUCCCUCAUGAACCCCCGGAAGAAAGUGGACUUGAAACUUAUCAUUGUUGGAGCACUUGGAGUGGGAAAGACCUCUCUCCUUCACCAAUAUGUGCACAAGACGUUUUAUGAAGAAUACCAGACCACACUGGGGGCCAGCAUCCUCUCCAAAAUCAUCAUAUUGGAUGACACAACUUUGAAGCUCCAGAUCUGGGACACAGGUGGUCAAGAGCGGUUCCGCUCCAUGGUAUCCACAUUCUACAAAGGCUCAGAUGGCUGCAUCCUGGCCUUUGAUGUCACUGAUCCUGAAUCCUUUGAAGCCCUGGACAUCUGGCGGGGUGACGUCCUGGCAAAGAUCAUCCCCUUGGAGCAGUCUUACCCCAUGGUGGUCCUGGGCAACAAAAUCGAUCUAGCAGACAGGAAGGUGCCCCAGGAGGUGGCCCAUGGAUGGUGUAAAGAGAAGGACAUGCCUUACUUUGAAGUUAGUGCCAAGAAUGACAUCAAUGUGGUACAAGCCUUUGAGGUGUUGGCUGGCCGAGCCCUGCUGAGGUGCUUGGGUCACAGGUGUGUGCGACCAUGCCCUGCUAAUGGCCAAACUUUAACGUUGCUCUGAUGUGGAGUUUGAAAGCUGGUUUCAUUGUUCUGCCACCUUGACUAAGGUGGACUUCUUAAGAAAAGGGAGAGGAUCAUCAGAGUGACUUUGAACGGAGGAACUGAACAGGAGUGGUUGGGAGGAGUCCCCUGGUGGGAAUGUCUACCAUCAUCCUGCCCUCAUGGGUAACAGACUGAUUUGCCUGACCCAUGCUGCCCUGGAGAGAAGGGUUCAAGACCCUGUUGGCAGUUGUCCAUGGUAAGGACAAGCAGCAGCUGCCUCUAGCAGCUGCACAAAGAAAAAAUGAGAGCUCACCCUGUUCACAUAGCCCAGCCUGGAUCUUGUCAUCCUUUGGCCGCCAGCCCUCACUGCCUCCUGAGAAACAGCAGCAAAGGGCAUCCGUCUCCAUGCUGAUAAAGAAAUGUGGCUUUGUUACACAAUCAGGAAAGCUGGCUCCUAAAAUGGAGAUGAGCCUGCUUGUACCAUUGGACAGGACCAAUUAUUACCAAGUAUCAGGAUAUGUAGGUCUGCUUCCCCACAAACACAGUCAAAUUAUUGCCGAACAUUCAGUCACAAGGAAACUUCUCUCAGCUCACCACCAUUGUCCAUAUACGACCACAGGGUCUAGAUGUGGUCAUCAUCUGUCCUUUCCUUCCUAUUGAAUAGGAGUUGAAGUGUGUCUUUCCUACUGUGCCACUUUUAGGAUAUGAUAUCUUGCAGAUGAUUUGUUCUUAACAUCCUUUCUGGCAAAAGCAUAGAUUGGCAAUUUCACAUCAGUCCCUGAUACUUGUGCAUAAAGUUGAGCAGAAGUCUGGAGGUUAUAGGUGUGUCCUCAGUCAGACUGACCUAGAUUAAGGACCUAUCCUAGUAUUUUCAGAUGGAUACCUGGCAAAACAUAUGACUGAUUGGAGCCUCAGUUUCCCCGUGUACAAAAUGAAAAUAAUUCCAUUCCAAAAACAUUUCCGGAGUUGUCAUUCAAGGGCUGGAGCUAUGGGCCUCAGUGCACUCUGACUCAGUAGUGUGAUGCAUGAGAUGAACAGAGUGAGGUAAGUGAUGUAGGGACUGUAGCAAAGGUGGGAUGACUCAGGCAGCCGGCAGAAAGGGGAACAGAAGAGCCACCACAGAGAGUGGUAUUUGGAAAGUGCUUACAGAUGGCAGCAGGCCUUUGGGGGUGUGGGGAGGAGGGAAAGAAGGGCAGACAAUAGGGCAAGGCCAGAGGCCCAGGCUUAAAUGCAUGGGGCUCAUGUGAGAAACCAGCUCUGAGUUGAGCUUGCAAGGGAAGGAAAUGUGACAUGAAGUGUACAAGGUGAGUGGACAUAUGGGUGAUGAAGUCAGCAAGGCCUCAUGACCUAUGGCCACAGGAGCUAGGACCCUGUGCUGAAGAGCUAGGGUUCCCAGGUGGUGCUGCUAGGCUGGCCUUUGUACUUGGGGACACAUCCUUUAGCAGUGUAUCUACACUCAAAAAAUUAGGAAUGUUUUCACAUGCACACAAGCGUACUAUGGGAUGGCAAGUGAAAUUCACAUGGAUUUCUACAGAGAAGUUUGCAAACAUAUUUUGACAUUUGCCUCCUAUUAGAGAGUUUGUGUUCUCCUUCACACCAGCCCUGGUGUCGCUGCAGGAAGGAGGGAGCCCCAGGCUGGGGGGGAACCUGGUCUCUGAAGUUGGGCAGAGAAUGCUUUAAAUUCUGCCUCUACCUCUUUCUCACUGCAUGAUAUUGAACAAGUCAUGUGGCCCCCCAUCCGACAAGUGCCAAUAAUAUUGUUCUUAUGGGAUUUUUGUGAGGAUUAAAUAAAAUGCUAUUUCACAGAA